AUCAAUUACUAUAUAUGUAUAUAUAUAUAGGGACAGGAUUUGGUCCCGUUAUGCCAAAACAGGGAAUACAAUCCGUGAUUGUACUGUAGCCGUUGGAUUAAAUUGGGGCAUGAUCUAAUGGCUGGGGUUAAAGUAGGGGUAUUUAGGGGGGGAAAAAUGGUAACCGGUUGGUUUUUUGUAUUUUAAAUUAAUUAAUUUUUGAAAAACUGACACCGAUUGGCGAUUGACGUGUGAGGUGUGACGUUUGAUGUACGGGUGACAGUUAGCAAUUUUGAAAAGUCACUAAAUAGUGGGUUCGUGGGGUAUUUAGGGCACAUUUGGUUCUUCUUCACACUUCUUCAGAUUUCGUUCUUCUUCUUCUUCUUCUUCUUCUUCUUCUUCUUCACAUUUCCUUGUUCUUCUUCUUCUUCUUCUUCUUCUUCACAUUUCCUUCUUCUUCUUCUUCACAGUUCCUUCUUCUUGUUCUUCACAUUUUCUUGUAGUGAUUAAAAUUAUUUUCAAAUUUGGGGGAGGAAACUGCAGUACGUUGGGAGUUACUGUACUUCGUUUUCUGGUUCUCCGUCUCCGACCUCGGUGUACAAGUAAGUUUCUCCGAAUGUACCAACUUUAUUCUUCUUUUGCAUGUUUGUUCGUUCUUUAGUUUGGGGAUGUGAAAAAUUGUCUAACAUUGUUAAAGAAAGAUUUAAACUUUUGUAAAGAGAAGUGUUGUUCUUCAACCGUGUAUGUGCAUUUUAUUUUGUUUUUGUGUUCUAUUGUACGAAACUUGUUUGAAGAUGUAUUGGGAAUAUUCUAUUAUCAAUUAAUCUCCUAUAUAAUCAUAGCCCACUACCAGAAGCCCAAUUAAAAACCAAAGUCAUAUUUAGGGUUUCAUCCGAAAGCAUAGCAAAACUUGUUGGCACUAUUUCCCUUGCCCAAUCUCCGCUCAAUCUCUCUAUCGGUAGGAGGAAUUCCUUUCGAGUAUAGUCUGUUGGAUUUAAUUUUUUUUGGUUAUGGUGUGUAAUGAAUAUAUAAAGUACUCUUCUAUUGUACUCUGGAUAUAUGCAAUAAUAGUGAAUAUAUUCAGUUAUUGAAGAUUGGAUUUCGUUCUCUGUUUUCACCAUUGUCACUGCCAUGAUUCUUGAAUCAUGAACAGAAGGAUUAACAAUCCUAAUACAGUGAAACAAUUUUAAGAAAAUAAUGUAAUGGAAGAAAGAAAAGCAAUGUAAACAUUGGUAUGUAUAGUGUUGGUGGAAAAUAAUUAUUUUUGAAAAUCAAUUUUGAUUGGUAAUUUGGUAAUUUUAUUGUGAAAGUGUUUUGGAUUCACGUGUAUGGUCAAUUUGGUGUGUAUUUUUUUUACCCAAAUGUUUUACCGUGGGCUGGCCUAUAUUGACCGAAAAAAAAUUUUUGAAAGUAAGGAAAACAAUGGAAUGGUUAGUUAGGUAAAGAAACUAUGGUAUUAAAUUUUUUAGUUCAGAUUGUUACUUACCAAAUGUGAUGUUUUUUGUUAUCUGUUGUGAGUGAUUGUUGUACUUUAAUUAGAAGUUGUAGUUUAGAUUUGACUAUUGUUAUGAAUUUGUUUUGAAAAAUUGGAUGGUUUAGACACAAGAUUCAUGAGUUAAUGAGAUACAGUAUUGAUAAAAACUAUGGCAGUUUGGUUUUUUUGUGUAUAUGAAUUAUUGGAGAAGUUAUUGAAAUUGGUUACGACAGUUAGUAGUGAAGCAUUGUUUUGUUAAUUCUGAUAUUAAAUGUUUUCCAACUGGUUUUGUACUCUGUUCAUUAUGAAUUAAGAGGUACAAGGUACCCAGAUUGGUUAAGUUUGGGGGAAUUUUGUCUAUUCAUGUGUGUGCUUUAUGUUCUUGGUUCUCACGGAUUGUACCAACUCGUUUGUACCACUUUUUAGUUAUGGGAGUUAGUAGUUAAGGUUUGUUUUGUUCAUUGUUUUGGUUGUGGAAAUCAUUUAGUUGAAAAGAGUUUCACAUCAUUUUAAUGUACUUUAAUGUGUAACAUGGAAGAAGCAUGAAAUGUGUGUUUGAAAUCUGAAUUUUUCCAAUGCCGAAUGGUUAAGUUGAUUUGAUGUGAUUUUGGGUGAUUACAAUGCACGAUUUUCAUUGUCUUUUGGUCAAUUUUUUUUUUUUAUGUAGUGUAUUUGUUGAAAUAUGUAGUCCUUAUAGUUUAAAUUUGUUUAUCUUUAAUUUGGUUAGGUUCAUCAUACAUGGCUGGGAAACGCAAAAGGAAAGGGGGAAAUGAACCCGUAAAGAAGGAUGUCACCCCCGAGCCGAACGAUAAUGCGGUUGGUUGGAGAAAUUUCUUCAAUGCGAACUACAAAGCCCUUCGAGCAGCUGAGAAGGGAUUAACUGAGAAAGAGGCUACCGACAAAUUAAAAGUGCAAUAUAAAGGUUUCACCGACGAGGAGAAGUCUGAGUGGAGAAGCUAUGACCCUAACCCUAAUCCCGCUAAGAAGGCUGUGCAAACAAGGGGGAGGAAACCAAAGGCAGCUGAUGCCAAGGGGAAGAAAGUGGAGGUGGAUGAGGAAGAGGGUGCUCCUGAUAGUGAAGAAGCAUCUGUGUACGGUCGAUGCUCCUUCAACCGUUUAAUGAGGAUUUGCAAGAACCUGAACCUGGAGCAGAAAGAUGUGAUCCAAAAUGCUGGAUUUGGAUCAUUCAUCAGAGAGGAUGCACCAUACGUUGACACCCGACUAGUGAGUUGGUUAAUCAAACAUGUUGACCCAACCACUAGCAUACUGGAUUUGUAUGGGAGGAAAAUUCACUUAUCUGCCGCGAUGUUCGGAGAUGUUAUGGGGGUGGACGACGGAGGGGAUCCUGUAGUCACCGAGGGUGAUAGUGACACUCGAUAUCUGGAGGAGAUAUUGAACGUUGUCGAGUACACCGUGUCCUUGACAAUGUUGGAGAAAUCUUUGUUGGAGUGCGUUGAGGCAGACAGCCUAUUUCUCAUUAAAUUUUCUUUGGUGGUCAUAGGGACAGUCCUUGCGCCGAAAACGGGGGUCGAUAUCACUUCGGGGUACUUGCACUCCCUUAGGGUUACCAGGGACAUUCGCCACAAGAACUGGGCGACUGCGGGGUUCAGGUAUCUGAUGAACUCAAUUUUCAGAUUCCGAAAUAAGGCGACGAAGAAUGUAUCUGGCUGCACCUUAUUCCUCCAGUUGGUGUACUUGACUCACGUGGAGUGGAACUUUGGAUAUGUCGACCGAACAGUGCUCCCCGUUGAUUUUUGGGGUAGUAAACAAUGUAAGUCCGCUUACAAAUUUGUGAAAGACAAUGGGGGUCCCAACAGCGACAAGAUAACGCUCACUUCGAAUCCCGUAAUACUGCCCAACUACUACUCGGACUCGGAAGGAAGAAAGAGCAGUGACCACUUUGUCAGCUCUAUCAACGAGUUGAAGGAGUACAUCUCGAAUGAGUUAAAGUCUCAGUUGAGAUCAUUUUCUUUGAAAUUUAUGGACAAAGGAGAAGGUGUAGGUGGUAUUGACCGAGAGUUGGAGGAGGAUGCUGCUGCGGAAACGGGGAAGAAGGCAGAGUGCAGCCAGGCCGUGGAGGAGUCCCCGUUGAAGUCCCCUGUCCGUUCGAAGACUAAUGUUGUUGGUCUAUCCGACGAAAAUGUGGUGGAUUCGUAA